AGAUCCUUGUUUUUUUUUAUCGUCUGCGACUAAGUUCAUUCAAUUCAGUGGUCGAAUCCGUCGGGGCGGGUCGUCACUGUAACAAGUAACAUCGCAUCAUAUUUUUGUGUAUUUUAAAAGGCGACCUAACCCGACUCUAGUACUUAAUAUAAUCAGUCACAAUGUUACACCUUAAAAAUAUUGCUAAAUCUGUAACUCCGCCUUUAAAAAAUUCAAUCCAAAAUGAAGCAACCAACGUGGUCAGAAUCGCGCCUGCUGCUGCGAACGUUCUUUGCUGCCGAACUUACGCCAGCCAUGAAAUACCUGAAAGGCUUAAGGAUAUUCCUACAAGUGCAAAGCCGAGGUUCUUUGACAUGGUGGAGUAUUUCUUCCAUAGGGCCUGUCAGGUAGUUGAAGACAAAUUAGUAGAAGAUAUGAAAUCAAGAGUACCCGUUGAAGAGAAGAAGAAAAAAGUAUCUGGUAUCUUGAAACUUAUGCAACCCUGUGAUCAUAUUUUGGAAGUCCAGUUCCCUUUGAGGCGUGACUCUGGAGACUAUGAAAUGAUCCUCGGUUACCGCGCUCAGCAUUCCUCCCACAGAACACCCACUAAAGGAGGUAUUCGAUUCUCAACGGACGUGACCAGGGACGAAGUGAAGGCGCUGUCCGCGCUGAUGACCUUCAAGUGCGCCUGCGUGGACGUGCCCUUCGGCGGCGCCAAGGCUGGCAUCAAGAUCAACCCCAAGGAGUACUCCGAGCAUGAGCUCGAGAAGAUCACCCGCCGCUUCACGCUGGAGCUGGCCAAGAAGGGAUUCAUUGGGCCCGGUGUGGACGUGCCCGCCCCCGACAUGGGCACCGGCGAGCGCGAGAUGUCGUGGAUCGCCGACACGUACGCCAAGACCAUCGGCUACCAGGACAUCAACGCGCACGCCUGCGUCACCGGCAAACCAAUCAACCAGGGAGGUAUUCACGGCAGAGUGUCGGCCACCGGCAGGGGCGUGUUCCACGGACUCGAGAACUUCAUCAACGAGGCCAAUUACAUGAGCAUGAUCGGCACGACCCCCGGCUGGGGCGGCAAGACGUUCAUCGUGCAGGGCUUCGGUAACGUGGGCCUGCACACCUGCCGCUACCUGGUGCGCGCCGGCGCCACCUGCAUCGGCAUCAUCGAGCACGACGGCUCCAUCUACAACCCCGACGGCAUCGACCCCAAGGCCCUCGAGGACUACCGGAUCGACAACGGCACGGUGGUGGGCUUCCCCGGCGCCAAGCCGUACGAGGGCGAGGGCCUGCUGUACGAGAAGUGCGACAUCCUCGUGCCCGCCGCCGUCGAGCAGGUCAUCCACAAGGAGAACGCGCACAAGAUCCAGGCCAAGAUCAUCGCCGAGGCCGCCAACGGCCCCACGACGCCCGCCGCGGACAAGAUCCUGAUCGACCGCAACAUCCUCGUGAUCCCCGACCUGUACAUCAACGCCGGCGGUGUCACCGUCUCCUUCUUCGAGUGGCUCAAGAACCUCAACCACGUCUCGUACGGCCGCCUCACCUUCAAGUAUGAGCGCGAGUCCAACUACCACCUGUUGGAGUCGGUCCAGGAGUCGCUGGAGCGGCGCUUCGGGCGCGUGGGCGGGCGCAUCCCCGUGACGCCGUCCGAGUCCUUCCAGAAGAAGAUCGCCGGCGCCUCCGAGAAGGACAUCGUGCACUCCGGCCUCGACUACACCAUGGAGCGCUCCGCGAGGGCUAUCAUGAAGACUGCCAUGAAGUUCAACCUGGGCCUGGACCUGCGGACGGCGGCGUACGCCAACUCCAUCGAGAAGAUCUUCACCACCUACGCCGACGCCGGCCUCGCCUUCUAAACGCGCUCUAAAUUACCAAGUAUUUUCUGCAUUUUUAGAUCCUCCUUUAGCUCCUAUGCACUUAAGUGUACCUAUAACUAUUAAGACAUUAUAUUCACAGUAUUUUUAUCAGUAACCCUUUGACCACUAAAGACGUCAACUGACGCGCGCGGCUACAGUCCGAUAUGAACCUUCGUGCAAUCCGACAAGGUUCAAGACGACGCGCCGCGCACUAUAGGCGUGACGAUGGCGUUCAAAGGGUUAAUGGAGUCAUCAUGGAUUUUAUACGUUAAUCUAAGUGGAUCUUUGUUAAACAUAUAAGUGAAAAUCUAAUUUUCUUAUUGUAUUGUCAUGAAUUUUCGAAAUAAAAUAUUGUUUUAUGUUUA